UUCACCACCGCCACUCAAAACGGAUCCGAUGAGUUUCUUUCCCCCCUGCCCGCUGCCUUUGGCUGGGAAGAUUUGGGGGGAUUGAGACACAAGCAAACACAGCACGCAUCACUUAAAAGAAACUCGGGAUUGGCUGAUUCGGUGAUGACAUUUGCUUCAACAACUUGCAAGCGUAGAAGAUUCAUCGCUCUCUCCCAAAUGGAAUCUGAUUCGGCUAAGGCAAUGCUUGUUGCUGCAAAGGAAAAAUAUGGACGGGAACUUCAUGUAUUCGAAACAUCUCUAGCUUCUGCAAGCCUUGGAAGCUCUACUGAGACAGAGGAGCCAGAUAACUUUUAUGAGUUUACAGCAGAGGACUACUACCGUCUGUUGGCAACAAAGAAGGAAGAGAAAUACUUGAAGACAAAAAAAAUCCGGGAUGCGGAAGAGGCUGCUCGCAGGUCAAAGAUUACAAAGGCAGUGAUCCGAGUGCGUUAUCCUGAUAAUAAUACGCUUGAGGUUACAUUUCAUCCAUCUGAGACAAUUCAGAGUUUGAUUGAUUUGCUAAAGAAAGUGGUUGCUCACCCAGAAUUACCAUUCUAUCUAUAUACAACACCUCCAAAAAAGCUUAUAAAGGAUAUGUCCCAGGACUUUUAUAGUGCUGGUUUUGUACCCGGUGCUAUUGUGUACUUUGCUCAUGAUGUGCCGAAAGGUGCUGAUGAUGCUCCAUUGGCUGGUCCCUUCCUUCAAGAGGAAGUGAUGUCCUUGAAAGGUCUGGAAUUUGUGGCCCAAGAAGCAGAGCCUACACCAGAGCAGAAACCAGAACCUGUCUAUACCAGCAGCCAGACACUUGUCCCUGCGGCAAAGCCAAACGAAAAAAAGAAUAUUAAACCCAAGUGGUUGAAAAUGUAAACUCUAUCGAACUGUUUGUCUUUUCUUAUAAUCUUACCCGGGCAUCUUCAAGUUUGUGAAUGAUCACAUGGCUGAAAAGAUCUAUCUGCCGAAUACUUUGUAAAUUUUUGUUGUCUUCAACAAAAAGGUAAACAAUGUUUGAAAGUCUACUAUCCCCAAA